CUUUGCGCAGGUGGUUGUCGUGGUGAAGAUGCCUCAUCUGUGGUGUCUCGUUCAGUUUCUGUACAAGUUCACGGAGGAAACACACACGGCAGCACUUACUCACUGAAUAUGUUUCCCGUCAAAUUUCUCCUACUUGUGUUGACUUUUUAUGGACUCAUUGUGGAGUUGGAUGCUAUUAUUUGCCCAAAAGGUCAAAAAGUUAAGAGGAUGAUGGGUACGAGAUACACAUGUGACGCUUGCCCUGAUGGAUAUUACCAGCCAACAGAAAACGACUCACAGAAGUGCAUUACAUGUAGAACGUGUAAUGCAGGCUAUGGGAGUGAGAUUAUACAGGUGUGCACAAAGGAGACGAAUACAAAAUGUGCCUGUCGCGCAGGCUUUAAUCCGUCUUCCCCCGAUUUUUCCAUUUGCAAAUGUAACCCUGGAUUUGGGUUGAAAAAUGGAGAGUGUUCACGAUGUGAGGACGGAUUUUUCACCAGUCACGUCAACGCACAGUGUCGAAAGUGGAAAGAAUGCAAGUCAGGAGUGAACACCACAGGAACCAGCACCAAAGAUGUCAUCUGCAAUGAGAUGAGUAAUCCUGGAAUCAAAACUGACAUCUCCUUCACAUCCCAACGUCCACAGGAAGAGACCCGCAUGCACACGAUGUUCACCACUAUCAGCAGCACCACCUCACCUCCUACAGUCACAAAACAAAAUGGGGACUCCCCCACCAGUGCCAACACAGGCAAUCACAUAGGUUUGUUCCUCCUCAUGUUCGGAAUUGUUGGCCUGCUUCUUCUGACCACGGUGACCUGCAAGCUGCACAUCACUCAAAACGUGCAAAGAAAACCAGCAGAGCAAACAAAGGACUCAGUGUGUAGGAGGCCGGUGGAGGAGAGUGGCGAUGACAGCGAGUUAUCCGUCAAACUGAACUUGGGGGAGCCUUGAAGUGAAACUUUCCUCGACACCAAUGUGUCACUUGAUGGUGUGAAAUUACCACAUGAACGGUGUUAUUCGUUCAUUCAUUCAUUCAUUCAUUCAUUCAUUCAUUCAUACAUUACAUUGCGUUGCUGGUUUUACUCUCACGUCAGGUCUGUAUAUUUAUGCUGUUUUUAUUAUUAUUAUCCGGACUCACAUUCUGAGCUGUGGUCAAUAUUUGACCAAUAUUUGUAAUUUCAGGGGAAUCUGAACCAUCUGUGUGUGUAUCAUACCUUACUUUUUACAGUAAAAAGUAUUACUCAUAUUAAUCAUUAGUACAAUUUUGUAAGAGAUACACUUUAAUGGGGCGAGUGACAAGUUUCUGAGAAAUACAGAGUAUGAACAGUGUUCUAAUGGGUUUUGUAUCAACGGAGACCACUGAUCCAAACCGUUAUGAACUGCUAAAUAAUAUAGAAUAGAUUCUAUUUUUUAUCAGUGUGUUUGUCUUGUCUUUAUUUGGUCAUGUUUUUCGUUUAUCAGUUCUGUUCCACUGGUGACAAUUAUGAUGAAGCCAGUAAUGGUAAAAAACAUGCUUUCAGUAACAUGUGGGGUUGGGGGAGUUUCCCCUUCUUCUUUUUUUUCCAACUGAAAAACACUUCCUCUCAUGUUUUUAUGUCAACUGUCGGAGAGACCGACAUUAUAAUGUGAAGACUUUUGUGUUUUUUUAACUCAGAUCAGGGCACCCACACGAGUUAUGAAAGCACACCUACAUUAUCCUUUAUUCAGCUAUUUAUGUUUUGCUAAAAAAAAAAAAAUCAGAUACAUGAGUCUUAAUAUGACUGAUGGCUUGAAAUUUACCUAAUUCUAUUAGCUCUUUGUUUCUAUAGGGUCUGUAUUUCUUAAACUGAGGCAUGCUUUAAUUAUUCUUGUUUAGAAUACAUUUUGUACAAAAAUAUGCGUGUGUGUCAAUGUAUGUGUGUGUGUGUGUGUACGUAUGUGUGUGCUCUUAAUUUUGAAAAAAGAAACAGAUUAGUCACUGUUGGUGUAGAAAUGCAUUGCACUGUCUGGUCUGUUUUUAAAUUGCAUCGUGUGAAUAAAGAUGUUCAAAUAAACUCUUGGUGCAACUAAA